GUGGGCUAAGACAGGCAGAAACCACGAAGAAGCGGUCAGAAACACUCCUGUUCUUGGGAGCCCCGGCGGCGCCCACCACGCACCGCGGAGGAACGGCAGGCUGGCGGCUCAGUGAGCUCAUCGGGGCCCGUUGCUGAGGCUGAAGCGGCGGGAGGAGGGGGGGGGUUCGUAGGAGAGGAGACUGAAGACAGCGGAGGGUCCCAGGCUACUGUCCCGGUUCUGGGGCUUAGGUUGCCUGGAAAGCCCCGCCUGGACCUUGAGUGGGAAUGGAAGCCCCUCCGAAGCCGCAGCUGGGAAGAGGCCCCCAACCCGCCUGCCUUAUCCAGAAAAGAGGCGGAGAGGUGGGCCCAAAGUAGGCCGCUAGAGAAAGAACUGGCUGACCGCCGGCGGAGAUGCAACAGUUGCACCAGAGUGCGGGGACUGGGUAGGGGGAGUGAGCCCCUCCCCAGGCAGGCAACCUGUGCAAAGGGGAGGGCGGAGCACCCUCGCGGGUGCCACCCACUUCCUGACCAUCUCGGUGGGAUCCGAGGGGCCUGAAUUUGCCAGGCUGCCUUUCCAGAGGGUGCCAGGAGGAUGCUGUUGCCCACUGCCCUCUUGACCUGAGGAGGACGACGGCAGCUACUGCUGGGUGCGUAGGAGCCACCCAGCCAGUGGAAGCCAUGGAGCCUCGGUGCCAUCCCUGCCAGGAGCAGCUGUAGCCGGGCUGAGUCUGCUGGGUGUGCCAGGCCAUUGCUCUGAUGGGGCUUUGUGCCCACCAGCUGCCCGCAAGGAGCCAGCUGUGGCCGGAGCCAAGAGACUGGUGCGCACCUCCGCAGUCCCUUCAAGGCCACGCUGGGCCAGUUUGGGAGUAGCCGCCCGGGGGCCUGUUCCAGAGAUCUUCUGACCCAGAGAAAGAAGGGGCUCCUCCUCUGCAUCGGUCUGCCCCACUCGAUGCCCACCUGCCUGCCCAGAAGAAGGAGGAGUGCCGGGCCUCGAUGUGAUUCUCCUGCUCAUCACCCUGAGAAGUGAAGCUGCUCCAGACCAUUGCUGGCCCUGCCUCCCAUGGAUGACUGACCCACCGCCCUGGCCGGUGGCUCCCCUUUGCCCUCCAAGGAUGCCUGCAGGUUCCCUCCCUGCUGCCAGGACUCUGCAGUGAUGAUGCCCCAUCGCCCCCCCGGAAGUGGGCUCCUGCUGCUGCUGCUGUGCCUUCUCAUUGGCCCAGACCGUCCACCAGGGGCAUCUGGGGGGCCCGGCCAGGGGGCACCUGGGGAUGGCAGUCUGCCCAGCGCUGGGCGGGUGAAGCGUGGCUGGGUCUGGAACCAGUUCUUUGUGGUGGAGGAGUACACGGGCACAGAGCCACUGUACGUGGGGAAGAUUCACUCUGAUUCCGAUGAGGGUGACGGCUCCAUCAAGUACACCAUCUCCGGGGAGGGUGCCGGCACUAUCUUCCUGAUCGAUGAGCUGACGGGGGACAUUCAUGCCACGGAACGCCUCGAUCGCGAGCGGAAAACUUUCUACACACUGCGGGCUCAGGCGCGGGACCGCCAGACUGACCAGCUGCUGGAGCCCGAGUCAGAAUUUGUCAUCAAGGUGCAGGACAUCAACGACAGCGAGCCCCGGUUCCUGGGGGGGCCCUACAUUGGGAGCGUGGCUGAGCUCUCCCCCAUCGGAACUUCGGUGCUGCAGGUCUUGGCCUCCGAUGCAGAUGACCCCACCUACGGGAGCAGUGCCCGGGUGGCCUACAGUGUCCUGGAGGGGGAACAGCACUUCACCGUGGACAGCAAGACUGGUGUGAUCCGGACGGCCGUGGCCAACCUGGACCGGGAGACCCAGGACCGCUAUGAGGUGGUGGUGCGGGCCACGGAUAUGGCAGGGCAGCUGGGGGGCCUCUCAGGCUCCACAACCGUCACCAUUGUCAUCACUGACGUCAAUGACAACCCCCCUCGCUUCCCCCAGAAGAUGUACCAGUUCAGGAUGGUGGAAACAGCCCCGGUGGGCACGCUGGUCGGGCGAGUGAGGGCGGAGGAUGCCGACGUUGGAGAGAACACAGACAUGGCCUACCAGAUCAAAGAGGAGGGGACCCCGGGGCCCUUCCGGGUGGCCACAGACAGCAACACACAGGAAGCCCUGAUCUCCUUGCAGCAGCCUCUGAACUUCGAGGCCCAGGCGGUGCACACCGUGGUCUUGGAGGCGCUGAAUAAGUUUGUGGAGCCCCGCUUUAUGGGCCUGGACACCUUCCGGGACCAGACCAUCGUGCUGGUCUCUGUGCUGGACGCGGACGAGCCCCCUGAGUUCCGGCUUCCCAGCGGCCCCCUGGAGGUGCAGGAAGACGCCCUGGUGGGCUCCCUGGUGGGGAUGGUCACUGCAGUGGACCCCGAUGCGGCCAGCAGACCCGUUCGGUACGUCCUCGAGCCUCCCGAGGACAUGGAGCAGAUUUUUGAUAUCGAUGCCCAGACUGGAGCCAUCCUGACCAGGCAGGCCUUGGAUCGAGAGACGGCCGGCUGGCACAACAUCACCGUCUUGGCCAUGGAAGCUGACAAUCCUGCUCAAGUGUCCAGGACGGUGCUCAGAAUUCGCAUCCUGGAUGUCAACGAUAAUCCACCCGAACUGGCCAUGCCCUACGAAGCCGCCGUCUGCGAGGAUGCCAAGCCAGGCGAGCUGAUCCAAACCAUCAGCGUCAUGGACAGGGACGAACCGCCCAGCGGCCAUCGCUUCUUCUUCACUCUGGGCCCUGAGGCCGCCGGCAGCCGUCACUUCUCCUUGCUGGGCAUCACAGAUGACACGGCUGGGCUGCACACGCAGCACCUGGGCUUCAACCGGCAGGAGCAGGACCUGUUCCUGCUGCCCAUCCUGGUGGUGGACAGUGGCCCCCCUGCCCUCAGCAGCACGGGCACCCUCACUGUCCGCAUCUGCGGCUGCGACAACACCGGCACCAUCCAGUCGUGCAACACCACCGCCUUUGUGGUGUCUCCUUCUCUCAGCCCUGGUGCCCUCAUCGCCCUGCUGGUCUGCCUCCUCAUCCUCGUAGUGCUGGUCCUCCUGAUCCUGGCCCUGAAGCGCCACCAGAAGGGGCACCUGCCCUCCGAGGAGGACGAGGACAUGCGGGACAACGUCAUCAAGUACAAUGAUGAGGGGGGCGGCGAGCAGGAUACUCAGGCCUACGACAUGUCGGCGCUGCGCAGCCUCUAUGAGUUUGGCGAGACCAAGGGGGGGGACGAGAAGGGAGCGCCCCCGCCGCCUUCAGAGCUGCACUCCCUGCCCCAAUGGCGCCAGGCGCCGGACCUUGACUUCUCCCUCUUCAGAGACUAUAUCCGCCGUAAAGUGGGGCAGGCGGAUGGUGACCCCUCCGUGCCCCCCUAUGACUCCUUCCAGACCUAUGCCUUCGAGGGGGCCGACUCCCCGCUGGCCUCCCUCAGCUCUAUCGCUUCCCGCUCGACGGGCUCCGAGCAGGACUUCUCCUAUCUCAGCGGCUGGGGGCCGCGUUUCCGGCAGCUGGCCACCCUCUACGCUGGGCCCCGGGCCGAGGAGGGCAGCCGGGAGACCUAGGCCCGGCCCAGUCGGGGGCCAGAAUGCUGCUGGAGCAGGGCUCCUCGGGGUCUCAGGGGCCCGCCCAGGGACUUUGGGGGCUUGGUGCAAGGAGAGUGGCCUGACCACCAACACAGCCCCUUGGAGCUCCCCCCCCAUUAAGGCUUUCCCCCUCCCUGGAGGAAGGACUGGUGCCAGGCAGCUCCUCUGGCAAAUUAUCAUUUAAAUAGAUCUGUGUCAGAAGAGAGUUGCCAGGGAGUAGGGAGGGGGGGCACCUUCUGUUGCCAAAUUGAUUUUGUCCCUUGAUUUUCAGCCUUUGACAAGCUUUGAUCUGUUAAGCAGCACCUCUGCCAAGAGCCCAGGCGCUCCUCCUUGCUGGGGGGCUCCCAGUCCCCCUCUUGCUGUGCGGGGGCACCCAGCCCUGGCUCCUAGCCAAAUGCUCAGGCCAGUCCACAGCUCUGAGGUCCAGGUGCAGAUGCUCCCCCAGCCACCCUUCCCUAUACCCCCUGCUGGGGCCGCAGUCCAGAGGCCCCAGGACCCUGCGCCCCCCCCUCUGCACGCUGGGGUGUGGGGGAGCAGAGGCCAGCAACCAGCCCCCUUUGUGCCUGCAGCCUGCCUGGGAGACCCUUGGGCCCCAACUCCAUUUGGAAGAAGCCCUGGCGCAGCUGGUCCAGGGUUCCGGUACCAGCUGAAUCCCUCAGCCCUGCCCUCGGGGCAUUUUCUAGGUGGCUGCCUCCCCCCCCCUUGACUGAGAGGCCUCGUCUCAGGAUAUCUGCCCACCCCUUUCCCUCCCCCAGCCCCUCUGACCACUGUGACUCCCCUCAGGCCCUUCUGCCAGGGGCGGAGUGGAGGCUGUUCGCCCUCCAGCUCAGGAACUUCCAUGGUUCUUUUCUGGCCCCGGGUGGGGAGCCAGCCCCCUCCCCCUGGGUAACAGGAGCAGCCAAGCUCCAGGGUGGGCAAGGGGCCCAACAGGGUAUCUGACAUUUUCCAUCCAGCUUCCUUCCACGACUGCUGCACGCAGAACAGCCAUUGGGGGAGGGGGUCACACAGACACCCCCCAACACUGCAGGCACUGAGCCCUCCCUUCCCCUGCCCCAAGUGGGGAGGAGCUGGCAGCUCCCCUAGAAGGCCCGGGCCUUGUCAGCCUCCAAAGUCCUUCUGGGAUGUGAA